AGUUUGUAACAAUUGACCAGCGAGAGGGAGAGUGCUAGAGCGGCCACAGUGGCAGAGAAGGCAGGGAAUCUGUCCUCCUGCUGCUGCUGGAUUGCCUUCUUGGGCAGGGGAUGGGUUGUGUGUGCAGAUGCUAGAGAGAAAAAGAUCAGCCAAAAGACUCUUGAGACAUUUUUGAGAAGACCCAGAGUAAUGGCCACUCUCGGUAGUGAUUCAGAAGAAGGCUCUGAGAGGUUGCCGAGUGAUCACCCAAAGGAAACGAAAGUCCAGUUCAUUAAUUCCUCGGGGGGCUAUGUCGAGGCUGAUGACUACCUGGCCCAGCAGGGCAUCAUCAAGACUGAGGUAGAGGAGGAUGGAUAUGAAAGCCUACAGAGCUUUGGCUGGAGCCCAGUUCUUGUGAGGAGUCCGACAAAGGUGACCGGAGAGAAGCCCCACCGGUGUUCAGUCUGUGGAAAGACUAUUUCCACCAAAGCCAAGCUCAUCAUCCAUGAAAGGACCCACACGGGAGAGAAGCCCUUUGUGUGCUCAUACUGUGGGAAGCGUUUCAACCAACAAGCACACCUCAACGGGCACCAAAGGACCCACACGGGGGAGAGGCCCUACAAGUGCGUCGACUGCGGAAGGAGCUUCAGUGAUGGGACUUCCUUCAAGAGACACCAGCGGAUCCACACGGGAGAGAAGCCCUAUGAGUGCGCAGACUGUGGACGAUGCUUUCGCGACACCACGGGCAUUAAGAGGCACAUGAUCGCCCACAUGGCCAAGAAACCCCAUAAAUGCGAAGAUUGCGGGAAGAGCUUCCUGCACCGCUCAGAGCUGGUUAAACACGAGAAGAGGCACCCAAGAGAAAAACCAUACGGCUGUUCAGUCUGCGCUCAGAGCUUCAGUAAGCCACUGUACCUUUUUAGGCAUGGGAUUGUCCAUGUCCGAGAACAACGUGAACACCAGCAGCACAAGAAUGGCUUCCCUCCUGAAACCCAGGGAGUUGCACACGAUGCUGUUUGCGGGAUGGAGGUGCCCGAAGGGGCCAGAGGCCCUAUUCCCAAGUGUGCCGCAAUGCGCAUGGAAGGGGAAAGGACCUUUCGGUGCUCAGAAUGUGGGAAAAGCUUCAGUCAGCAAACCAACCUGGUGGUUCACUGGCGAACCCACACAGGAGAGAAACCCUACAAAUGCCCAGAAUGUGAGAAAACCUUUGGUGACCGGACUUCCCUGAGGAGACAUAAGAGGAUCCACACGGGAGAGAAGCCCUAUCAGUGCUCCGAGUGUGGGAAGCGGUUCAAUGAUAGCACGUCCUGCAAGAGGCACAAGACCACCCACUCGGGUGAGAAGCCACAUAAGUGCAAACAUUGUGGGAAAAGCUUCAUGUAUCAAAUCCAGCUGAAUAAGCAUGCGAGAAGCCACCCAGGGGAGGCUCUGUAGGAAAUAUGCCAGUGGGGGAGAAAUUUUCCACUUGACAAGCAUUCAUGUUACUCCUUGGAGUAGGGACACCCAGGGCUGCCACAACAGAAGCAACACAAGAAUUCUGUGUUGGGUGCAGAAGCUGUCAAUAAAAUGUCACUCCAUGGAUUCAUCUGAUUCCCCCUUGAAAGCCAUCAGCUGCUACCACGUCAUGUGGUAGUGAGUUCCGCAAGUUAAUAAUGUGCAGUAUGAAGAACUAUCUUUUUUUUCAUUGUCUGAUCUGUAUCUACUGACUGUUGUUUCAUUUGGAUGACCCAAAAUUCUCAUUUUAUCCAAGAGAAAAAGAACUCUGCCCACUUCCUCCGUACCAUUCAUAAUGAACUUUCUACCACAUCAUUUCACUUAGUUUGCCCAGUGUGUUAGCCUCUCCAUGUAGCAGAGUGAGGUGGGAGUGGGGUGAUCCAAUCCCUUAAUGUAAUUUUGGUUUCUCUUUUCUGUGUUGGGCCCAGCCCAAUUAAAAAAAUAUUAACUUAUAGUGGAUCAUGGCCUGACUUGCCUAUGUUUGAAGGUGUGCUGGUGAAGGUAUUAGUUAACUCUCCCUAGUCCCCCAACUACCUAUGGGUAAAGGUCAACUUGUAAGAUAUCUUAAAAAUAAAUAAAUAAAACAUUUGUUUUAAA